AUGUCUGGUGGAAGAGAGUUCCAGAGACGAGGGGCAGAGCGUCUGAAGGCUCUGAAACCCAUGGUAGUCAAACGAGCAGGAGAUACAGGUUUCCAGGUGCAGGUGAGCAGUUUAGAGUCAUGCAAGACUUACACGUGUACAUGGUCACAGCUUAAGUGUCUCAGCAGCUGUCGUCUACGUGAUCAAACCUCCUACAUCUGGUACAAGAAUGGGCAGAAAAUUAAGGAAGAAGCAUCUUCUUAUUCAGACUACUUUUAUCCUGCAGACAGCUAUUCCUGUGCCCUUAAAGGACAUUUUCCUUCUCCAUCAGUGUGUGGCCAUGGUCAUUCAUGCAACAGAGUGACUUACACUGACAGAAGCAUCUGUGCCUUCAAAGGCUCAUCAGUGGACAUUUCUUGUACUUACAACAGUUAUUCCACAUAUAUCAGAUCUAGAUUCUGGUUCAGUCCUGAACGUAGUCUUCAGUGGCAGAAUCCCUCACAGCCUGAGGACCUUAGUGAAGACUCCCAGCAUGCAGGUCGUGUUCAGGUCCUUGAAACAGAGAGAGGACGCUCCACUCUGAGAAUCACUGACCUGAGAGAGAGCGACUCAGCUGAGUAUCACUUCAAAUUCAACACAUGGAGCUUUGAAUGGAGGAGUAGUUUACCUGGUACAACUCUGACUGUCACAGAUCCAGAUCUCCAGGUUCAGGUGAUCAGAUCAACAGUCUACAAGAAUUAUACUGAGGCGGAGCUGCUUUGUCACAGCAGCUGUCGUCCACCUGAUCGUCCUUCCUACGUCUGGUUCAAGAAUGGACAGAAAAUGGAAAGCGUGGAGACAUCUUCUUAUAAAGACCAGUUUUAUCCCAGAGACAUCAUCUCCUGUGCUGUAAAAGGACAUGAGGAUUUCCCCUCUCUUCAGUUGAUUCAGGAAUAUUAG